AUGUCCCGCCCCCAGGUCAGCAUCGACCGUCUCACUCCCCGUCGCGUCCAUGCCGAACCCCGUGAAUCCAUGAACUGCAAGUCCUGCAGAAAGCGAAAGAUCAAAUGUAAUCGUCUACGACCCAGCUGCGAGGCCUGCAAGGUCUUCCAAUGUCCAUGCAUCUAUGACGCCGUUCCUAAAAAGCGGGGACCCAAAACCGAUGUCCUGGAGGCCUUGUUAAAACGUGUUGACGGGCUGGAAAAGCGCCUCCAGGAAGACUCGCCGAUUUCCCCGACCUCGGCUGCCUCCCCCAUCAAAUCCAUGGACCAGCAACUACUGCCGUCCGCCUCCACGCCAUUCCACUUUCCCCCGGCGCCUCAUGGCUUUCCCCCACCCCCGCAAUCGCAGCCGCAGCAACACCGGCUGCCCGAUGCCAUGCUGGACAACUACUUUGCUCGGCUGCAUGGGAAGCCGUAUUGGAUUCUGGAUGAAACGGCGACUCGUCAACGGCAUCAGCAUGGACAAUUACCGGUGCAUCUGUCUAUGGCGAUUUAUGCCCUAACCCUAAGAUAUACUACGCCGAAUCCACCGCAAGGCAGUCUGGAGUAUGCUCGGCAGGCAAGACGGCUGGUUGAUAUUGACAACCCGUCCAUCGAAGGGACCCAGUCUCUGCUACUACUCUGUCAUACCUUCUUCGCCUACGGGUGUGGCAAAACAGCCUACAUGGUAUUAGCCAAUGCGGUGUCCAUGACACUGGCGCUGGAUUUGUAUCGCGAAGCACCCGCAGCGCUGCCCGCGGCAGAACGUGAGAUGCGACGGCGAUUGUUCUGGACCGUCUACGUGAUGGAUCGCUUCCUCACCUGUGGCUCCAAGCGACCGUGUCUUAUUGCCGACCAUUCCAUCGUCCUGCGUCUUCCGGGCAGCGGGUCUGAAACGGGCGAAUGGUUUAACCCGGUUGGCCCUAAUAUCCAUUACUCCCCGGACCGUCGCAAAGGCCCUGGUGGCCCAGCUCUUUUAGUCGACAUUACGCGCAUUCUGGGUGUCACGCACCGCUAUCUUGCCGCGGGAGGCGUCAAAGGCGACUCGCAUUUUCCCUGGCACGCUCUCUCCAAUCUAUCCAAGAUCCGCCAGGAACUCGACCUCUGGGCGGCUGGCACACAGGACUUGUUCGCAUCGAUCGAAACGCUAUUCGGUCAUCCGGAGAGCACGCUGCUACUCCUGAGCAAGCUCAUUUACCACCUCGUGCACUGUCUACUCUAUCGGCCCUUCCUUCCCAUCGACCUGGUCGAGCUGCGCGGUACCGGACAGCAUCAGUCGUGGCAGAUCGAGGCGACAACGCUCUGUUUCUCGCAUGCCAAUGCUAUCGCCGAGCUGGUGGAGCUGGCCCGACACGCGCCACGCAUCGAGUGGCCCGCCCUGGUGGCAUACUGCGUGUGCACGGCUGGCACCGUACACGUACACGGCGUCCACUAUCACGGGCGCGAGGGAGAAGUGUUUGCGUCGAGCGCAGACUUUCUCGCGCGUGAGAUGCACCAGCUGUCGUGGCUACGGCAGUACUGGGCGGGGGUGCAGCACCAGCGGGAGAUGCUGCAAAGUAUUUCAGGAUGCCAUGCCGAGCUGGUGCGGACAAUGGCAGCGCGACCGGUGCGAUUUGCCCCGGUGUUCCAUCUCGAGGACUUCCUGGACCGGUAUCCGGGGCUAGCCGUGGAUGGGGCGCAUUUGCGAUUAGUGGACGGAGACGAAUUACCACUGGACCGACCCGAUUUCAACAGACUUAUGUACCCGCCUGCAUCGACUCUACCUUCGCAAGGCCGAGGAUCCAUCAGCUUCCAACCAUCACCGACAUGGCCACAACCCGAACUCGCCCUACCAGAGAGCAGUCUAGGCUUCUCACCAGGAGUGAGCAACUCCCCUGCACCAUUUCUCUCCGACCCAUUCACUGCACCGACACCGCCCGCACAGCCCCAGUACGCGACGUUUCCGUUUGAAGCCACGCCGGGCGGACCGGCACUGACGCCAGACGCCCCGUCACAGGGCAGCUCCAGCGCCACUGCAACAGCAGCAGGAGCUGCAACAGGCACAGGCGAAGGCGAAAAAGACCCGUUUCUGAGUCUGCUGGAGCAACUGGCAGAGAACGAGCAUUCGCAGGGCGGACCCAGCGAGCUGGACUUUUUCCUCGGAGAGGGGCUAGAUAUGGUGAUGCCUGAGGUGGAGGUGGAGAAUCCGUAA